ACUAAUUUUCAGCCAAUGAGUGUUUAGAUGUUUAAAAGUCCGUUUAUUGUCGUGUGUCCAGAGUGUUUCUCGAUAAAAAAUUUAUAAAAUUUAUAAAUCUAAGGCAUAUAGUUGUAAUAAAUAACUAAUUAAUUGUUCAAAAUGGGGAAAAAUAAAAGAACUCGAAGAGUGGUAAUGCAGAAGUUUGCACAAAUGAAAAAAAUGAUCAAUCCUAAUGAUCCUAGAAUAAAACCUGAGAAACGUGCAACAUCUAAAAACAAAAAGCCCGAAGAUGCCAAAGAGAAAGUUAAAGAUUUACCACAACAAUCUUCAGCACUUUUCUUUGAAUAUAACACUCAAUUGGGACCACCAUAUCACAUUGUAAUCGACACAAAUUUCGUUAAUUUCUCAAUUAAAAAUAAACUUGAUAUUAUUCAAAGCAUGGAGGAAUGUUUGUAUGCAAAAUGUAUACCAUAUGUAACAGAUUGUGUUUUAGGCGAAUUGGAAAAACUUGGACCUAAAUAUAAAAUUGCUUUGAAAAUAAUAAAAGAUCCUCGAUUUGAAAAAUUACCAUGUAAUCAUAGAGGCACAUAUGCUGAUGAUUGUAUAGUCAACAGAGUAAUGCAACACAAAUGUUACAUUGUUGCCACUAAUGACAAGGACUUAAAGAGGAGAAUUCGCAAAAUUCCAGGUGUACCAAUCAUGUAUGUUGCUCAACAUCGAUAUACGAUCGAAAGAAUGCCCGACGCAUAUGGCGCCCCUAAAACUUAAAGUACGUUUUUUUUUUUUUAAUUAAUUAAUUUUCUAAUGUUUAAUAUUUUAAGUAUUUUUACUAUAGCGUCUUUAGUUAUAAGGAUAUAUUUUAUAGCAAUAUACUGCAUUAUAGAA